GCGUCCAAUCCAGAUACAGGGAUGAAUAAACAUGUAGCAAACACGAUAAUAAUUGGUUUAACCGACCGUUCGAACCAACAAGCAGAAAAGCUAUUGGUUGGCUCUGAUAGCCCUCAUUCAUCGGCUUGGCUUUGCUUCUGGAUUAUUGUUUCUCUCCGUUUCGAAAUACAACAGGGAAAACUCAACGACAACAUGGCAGGAGGAAAAGCUGGAAAGGACAGUGGCAAAGCCAAGACGAAGGCUGUGUCUCGCUCCCAGAGGGCUGGACUCCAGUUCCCGGUGGGUCGUAUCCACAGACACCUGAAAACCAGGACCACCAGUCAUGGCAGAGUGGGAGCCACCGCAGCUGUCUACAGUGCCGCCAUCUUGGAGUACCUCACCGCUGAGGUUUUGGAGUUGGCAGGGAAUGCCUCCAAGGAUCUAAAGGUGAAGCGCAUCACCCCACGUCACUUACAGCUGGCCAUCCGUGGAGACGAGGAGUUAGACUCUCUCAUCAAGGCCACCAUUGCUGGAGGAGGUGUGAUCCCUCAUAUCCACAAGUCUCUGAUUGGUAAGAAGGGCCAGCAGAAGACUGCAUAAAGAAAUUGACCUCAUACACCACCAGGGAGGAAUGGGCAGCCAUGAUCUUUUUUUUUUUCUUCACAUAUUUGUUUGGGUAGUUUUGUAACCAUAGUUGUAGACUUUUGAGGGAGAUGUGUAGUUUUUGAGGUCUGUGUUGAUUUUUACUGUUUUAACAGGGGAAAGGGGUGAGGGUAUUUUGGUUAGGGUAUUUUGCAGACAAGAAACUUGUACAUUUUGUACAUAGACCAACAAAUUCAGAAAUUCUUGUCAUGUUCUGAAAAAGUUUGAGUCAAUUGGAUAUUGCUCUGAAAGUGUUUUAUACUUACAAAAGUUAGUCUUUUUUUUACAAAAAAAUAAUAAAAUAAACAUGUCUGUGUUAUACCUAUUUUUGCCAAGUUAUUUUAUAAUAAGUGUCUUUGUUGCUGUGGCCAGCCAGCAGAUCUUUAGAGAUCCUAUAGUUCAGAGACUAUUUCACUGAUGAAGUUUUGGAAAAAUUACAAUUUGCUGAAAUUCAUAUUGGGGGAAAAGUUUUUGGGAGAUCAAAUCAAUGUUAAGUCUUUGAGACAUUUCGCUUUGGAAUCUAAAACCAGACCCUAUACACUACGCAAUCUGGUGAGGGCCCUUCAUGAUCACAUGUUGCUGAUGAACACUCAGGGGGUUACUUCCACUGAGUGGCUAGGGGCUUAAUAAAUGAUUCACUUUGUGACACAAUUGUGUCCACUUUUAAUAAAACAAAUCAUUUCAAAUUGCUUGUAUUGUUUAUGAAUAAAUAAAAAUAAUUAACAAUUUA